GUGCCCUCCGUCGUGCAAACGUCAUCACUAAAUCGAUCCCCAAAUCGACCUCUCUUCUUCGAUCCCCGAUUCCCCGGUUCCAUCGAAAUCGAGCUGCUAGGCUUAGCAUUGUUCCUCGCAGCGCUAUGCUGCUGUGCGCGGUAGCAGCGGGGAUGGCGAAAGCGAUGUCGGGUGAGUGGGGAUGGAGGUGGACUGGGUUCAUGACGGCGGCGGCGGUCCAUGGAGGUCGAGAUGGAGGAUUGAAAUCGGUUAGCGCGCUUGCUCAUGUCCAGCCGGAGCCGGAGCCCAGCCGGGUCUCUGUUUCUUCCACAUCUAUGUUUCAUUCGGGGCUACUAAGGGAGGCCUCAGGUUUGGCCCAGAAAUCAGCUUCUGCCGAGCUGUGCCCGAAUUGUUGUGAACUUGGGCGCUGCAUUGAUGUUGGAGUUUCAAAAUUCUGGGCCUAGUGGGCCUGUAGUAGGCUGAGAGAUGACAUGACCACGUUUCUGUCCAGCGUGAAGCGUUUUUGCGAUUGUAUUUGGAGCCGCUCCCCGGUUCCCACUCAGGUGUCAAAUUUUGAUUCCAGUCUGAAUUUAUAAGCCAAGAGAUUUGGGUUGGGCACUCAAAUUGCGCCUGGUAUAUAUAUUUGAGACUGGUCAUUGUUGGAGGUAGGGACACUACCGGAUUCCCAAGCAAGCAUGAAGCAUCAUCAAGCAUGUACUCGACUACUCGUAGUUCUUUAGACAAACAAGGGUGAAUUACCACACAUUGCCGUGCCAUGGUUAUCUCUGGCAGCACAAACUACCACGGAAAUCUGUAAGGUUGUAGGAAUCAUCUUUAGGAAAAAGCAAAACAAAAAACAAAGCAGAGAUGUAUUGCUUCAUGCUUUGGUAAAGAAAAAAAAGGAAAAGGGGGCAGCGAGAAGCAAAGGAUGCUGCAGCAAGUACGGAGAUAACAAGCAAGGGAUCAUAUGCAUUCUUCAAUUAGAGAGAGGUAGCAAACGGCUGUGGUCUGUGGCCAAACUGCUUAGGCGUCCGUGCAGCUUGGGAGGGCAAGCCUCAUACUCCAGCACACAUCUCACAUCUCUGCUCUGAUUUGGUUUCUGUUUUCUCGAGCUGCUCUUGUCUGCUAUCUGUUGAGGACUUGAGGAGGUGGCGAGAAAUCUUGGACUGGUAUGCUUUAGAUUGAUCAAAUCUGCUGCUUCUCUCUUUCUUGGUCUUCGUCAAAGGAAUAUAUUCAUCAUGAGUCCUCAUCCACCAGUUGGAGAUUGACUAGAGUUGUUGGUUCUCUCAACGGUUCUCUCUUGGUCUUCAGCAGAGGAGUUCAUCAUGGGUCGUCCUGAUAAAUGGCAAUUGGAUGGCAAAGAUGUUGACUCUUCCAGAGAGCGUAUACUUGGAAUUGUUUCGUUCGAGCGAGAGGGAAACGAAAAGGUUUUCUAUAUUGAUGGUUGGAAUGGAUUUGGAGCAUCAGCAGUACUUAGAUCCGUAGCGGAAGUGAUUCCAUCUAGGAGAACCACUCCAGGACUAUACUUUGACAGAGUAAUUUUUAUCGAUUGCUCAAAGUGGAAAAAUAGAAGAGCAGUGCAGAGGGCAAUUGCAGAGGAACUGAAACUUGACAGCUCAGUAAUGUCCCGUCUGGAUGAGCAAGAUGAAAAGGAUGAUUUUUACGAAGUUGAUGAAAGCUUGAGAUAUGAAAUAGACAGUGUUGGAAAAGUGAUCGACCAAACUCUGAGUGGCACCAAAUUUAUAAUCAUUUUUCUUAAUGGAAGUGAUGCCGAGAUUGACUUAGGUUCCUUUGGAAUUCCUCCAUUCACAAAAUUUUGCGAGAAUGCGAUGAUAUGGGCCUUCAAAAGAAGGUGCCUGACCAUGGAUCACUUCCAUCGAAAGGUUGCAGACGAGCUAAGAUAUACUCAUUCUUUCAUAUAUUUCAGUUUGCAAAUCGAAGAAUUAACAAGUUCACAGUUUGAAGCAAUAUUACAUGAAGAGGUUGCUGACAUAGUUGCUCGCAAACCAUGUAUGCUGGACAUUGACCCAACAAUUGUUGCAAAUUGUUGUCUCUAUGAGUUAUUCCUGCUUUAUAAUUUCCACAUUGCUACAAAAUUUGAUUGGGUUCCUCAUGCUUCCAACUAUUGGAUAUGUGAUGCAAUCAUAAAAGAGGACAAAACAAGGGAUAUUAGUAAUGCAUUGCACCGAGAGAUAAAAUGGAAGUGUGAUGCUUCUUUGCUUGAUGGUAUUCUGAAACAAAAAAUGUUCAUGAAACAUUUGAAUCCUCCUUUUCUGGUAAUUAAAGAUGAUGAUGUCUAUGAAGAAGGCCCAUAUCGUUGGAUUUCAGUCACAUCGAGGAAUACAGAAGUACAUGGUAUGCAAACUAUACCAGAAACAUCAUCAUCUUUCUUCUUGGCAUUUGAAAGAUCCAAUCACCCUCAGACUUUACCACAUGGAUUAUUUGAACAGUCCAGUAAACUUGGUGUGCUAAUUCUCUGUUGUUGCGCCUUCAAUUUCACAUCACCUCCUUUUAUGAAGUGUGGCAGCCUGAGAUUCCUUGGAAUGGACCACUGUAGUGAUGACAAAACAAUCGAAGGAGAGGAUCACACGGAGUGGUCAUGUUUGUACAGCUUGUUGGUGCUUGACCUACGUUACACAAACUGGAAUGAAAUUUUAUCUGAAGAAAAGUUAGAGCUCAUGUCUAAUAUGAGAGAGCUAAAUAUAGAAGGAACAAGGUGUUGGCAGUACGCUACUGUCUUACAAGGGCGUCAAUCUAACCUUCAGAGGCUCCGAAUAAUCAAACCAACAUGUCAAUCGGAGGCAUCAAAGGAUGUGGAUAACUCCUUUAUGGAUAAGACAUGUAUGGAAAUACUUGACUUGUCAGGUAACAGUGACAUGGAAAUUCUUCCAAUAAGCCUAUCAAAGGCAAGCAGCCUUGAGAUGCUUGUACUUGAUGGUUGUGAUGGUUUGGAAAAUGUGGCUGCCCCUAGUCGGCUUCCUCCCUCCCUCAAGUCUUUUAGCUUUGAUGGAUAUGGACCAGCUUCUCAAUGGAAACAAAAUGAGCUACCUCAGAAACAAUUCCGUCCAUCUCGCAGAACAGACAAUAAGGACAUCAGAAUUUCCCAGAUCUCCUUAGAGGGCUGCGCACAGUUGGAGAAUCUGUUCCUCCGUGGACUACCUAACCUAGUAGAGUUGGACCUUUCUGGAACUGCAAUCAAGAUACUCGACUUCAAGACUAUGGUGUUGGAAGUCCCAAGGCUCAAGCGGCUAUUUCUAAUAGGAUGCAAGCACCUUCGUGCAAUAAUUUCUCCGCACAAGAGUGAUUCUAAGUCAAAGUCUGACCUAGAGUUAAUAUGCAUAGACACGCGAGCAACAACCGUGUUCUCACGGCCAUCCCUUGACAAGAACAAGUCCUUCCGGUUGCAAAUGCAUGCUGUUGUUGUGGAUGCAAGGAUUACUCACUCUUUGUGGAAACUCUUGUAUCCUUAUGUGGACGCCCGUACAGAUGUUUCUUUCAAUAUCCACAUCACCUCUUCACCUGUGUAUGAUGCAGCUGUUAUAUCUGAAGCAAUCAACAAGGAUAAGAUUGACACCAGUGAUCAAGAGAGCUUGCAGCAGCUUAUUCCAGCAGGCCGGUAUGGUGAUGUGCGUAGCAUGGUUGGCGAUGCUCCAAUGCAGGCUUUCCCACGGCCUCUGACUAUAAAGUUGGAUCAACAUGUAGAGAUUGAUGAAGGGAGCUGCUGUGUGGACAGUGCACUGGGAGAGUCACUAGGCUCAUUGGUGGUAUAUUUUGGCGAAUCCCUGCAUUUGCACGACCUCUCAAUACGUGCCUUUACUUCUCGAAUCUGCGGUUUAUUUAGCCACCUUAGGCGGUGUUGUGUGGAGAGGUGCUCCAAGUUGGAUACCAUUUUCCGUUGGCACAUAGAGCGAUUUGAUAAACUGGAGAGCUUCUGGGCAUCAGAUCUUCUAAUGGCCCGCUCGAUUUGGGGUAAAUGUCCACCCAGUGCGUACUUUGUCCAACGAUGCAAAAAUUUACAGCACCUGCACCUUCGCUCUUGCCCGAGGCUGCAGUUUGUGCUCCCGGUGUCGUUCUCCUCCUUCCCCGGCUUGGAGACCCUUCACAUCAUCCAUUGUGGUGACCUCAGACACAUCUUCAUACUGGACGAGUAUUACCUAGAAGAAAUAACCAACAACGGUGUAGUACUAUUCCCGAAGCUGACCACCAUCUACCUGCACGACCUCCCGAAGCUGCAGAAGAUAUGCGAGUCAUUCAACAUGGUGGCACCCACGCUGGAGAGCAUCAAGAUCAGGGGGUGCUGGAGCCUGCGCAGGCUGCCAUCCGUGGCGGCCCGUGGUGUAGGAGAGAAGAAGCCAACCGUUGAGAUAGAGAAGGAUGUGUGGGAUGCUCUGGAGUGGGACGCCGGUCACAGCCCUGACCACUUCGAGGUGCCGGUCCACUCGCGCUACUACAGGAAGAAAAUGCCCAGGGGCUCCGUCCUCAGGUGAAACUCUGACUACCAUGUGUUUCUUCCAUCGCUACAUGGGAGUGAUGGGUCCUCCGGCUACUGCUGCUACUGCAUCAUUUACUUUGUUUGCUUGUGUGCUUGCUUUGGCGCAUCUAGGCUCUGGGUUGCUGGCGAGCUGCUGAAACAUAGAAGAAAAUCCAUGGGAGUGUGCUGUUGUGUGUUGUUUGUUGCCUUACGUGUGGAGCUUAUGGAGGCUCCCACUAUUGUGGCUAUCAAAUAAGAUUAGUCCCGGUUUCUGCCUGCACGCACAGACCUGGGCGAUGUGUGUGUCGUGUGUGCGCGCGCCAAGUGUGGCUUGCGAUUGAAUCAGCUUGGUGUGCUUUGAUGAGUGUUUGCUAUAUUAUGCGUUGUUUGGGAUUGUAAUUAAGCAGCAGACCUGUGUAAGUAUAUGCCUGCGUGCAUUUACAUGGCUGGCUGCAAGUGUGACUGCAGUAUUUGAGAGUGUUUGCUAUGUACCUGAACUAAGAAGCAGCUGAGAUGGUUGUCAUGUGUGUGCUUGCCUGCAUGUAUCGACCUUGCUGCUCGUGUGAUUUGUUUGUGAUGCUUUUGAAAUAAAACAAAACAAAAAAGGCAGCAGCUAUGUGUGCCAGUUGUUGCAAA